AUGAGUGAACCGACGAGCCGUAAAAGAAGUGCUACGACUAAUUUGACUAUAAACGAGCCCAAUGCCGAUCCAACCUCACCAACAAAGGGUAGAACCAGGUUCUACAGUAUCUCCUCAGACAUCAUUCCACAGACUCUGACCCAUCCUGACGACGAAGAAACCUUAAAAUCUCCUAAAAAUACAGUCAUUCCGCCUACUUGGUCCCAUGUUGGGUUCCAAUCUAUAUUCCAAGGUGGGGGAGGAGGUCAGAGGAGAUCGAAGAACAGCUCGAAAUCUACUGCUUCACCAGAGGAUUCUUCACUUACUACCGAAAAGAGUGGUGAGUCAUUAUCGAGUUUAGCGCAAAGAGCUGAAUAUCAUAGAUCAGAGGAAGAUCUUUCCAAUGAAAGUGUUCAUACAAGUGGAUCCAGUACGAAGGAUAAAAUACGGUCUGCCAUACUUGGAAUGUCAAAGGAUAACCACUCUUUUGGUGAUAGAAGCUCUAGAAUUUUUAGAACUAAUACUAAUAAGAGUACUUCGAGCCUGUCGGGAUCAUUACUCAAGAGUCCGAGGCCUAGAAAUACCAGUACGCUUUCAAACGUUGCAAGAAAGCUUUUCAAGCAUAGAAAGCAUAAAGGAGUACACAAUGAUGAUCCAGAGGCAGCUGUUCCUACUCCUUUGAGCAAGUUUCUACAUUCUUCAUACGCAAGACAUAAGGCGCCUUCCCAAUUCAUGCACAAUGCCACUGUCGACGGUAAAUCUGCAUAUCCAUUUCACCCUUCCAGCCUGAGCAUCCAUAAUGAUAAAGGUUUAUUACCGGUGCAGGAUGAUAAUUCUUUCAUGGCGAAUCUAUUAUUCCUUCACGAGUUUUUAAAGAACCUACCAACGCUUCAGGCGAACUAUAGGAACUUUCAUGCUCAGGAAUUGCAUGUCCUAGAAGAAAAUAUAUGGUCCGUUCAUUGUAGUAUUACACUUGAACUGUUCAAAUCGAAGCGAAUAUGGGAAUUACCUGUCAAGAUCGAGGAUAUGAACAGACUACUCAGUUUCUAUAUCAUCCUGAAGACGGAAAGCAAGGCCUCGUCACCGCACGUCAAGUUUAUCGGCGAGGUGGAGGAGUUUCUGACUACUUCUUUGUAUAUCUUGGAGAAUCAAAUUGUGUUCAACUAUACCAAUGAAGACAUCAUGAACACAUCGCUCAAGAGACUUGGCGUAAUAUGGCAAAUAUUUUAUCAGCAAGUGUAUUACGAGGUGAUGGCAAUGUUCAUUCCACUUGAAAAAAGCUUCCGAGCAAGUUCGAAGUACUGGUUGGAUAAGACAUUCACAGAGACCUCAAUGCAGCAUGUUCUCUCCAUGGAUUACAUACUAUUGCGAUGUUUCAGAGACUCCAUAGUGUUACCGUACUACCAAAACUUCAUCAACAGCCACGAUGGAGCCCGUAAAAGCUUUCAGCUGUAUAUUUUCAAUGAAGAAGAGGAAAAAGGCGUUACUGGGCAGGAUAAAUUAACUUUACUCCAAUGUUUCGGAACAUUAAGUUCAAUUCAAAGCAAUGAUCAAAAUCAAAAGAUCAUCGAGGAGUUAUUAGAAGGGAUAAGAAUGAGUAUAUAA